AUGUCGGACCCUCGCCCUUGCCCAGACACGUCACCGUCCCUCGCCCCUUCGAACGACUCGCCGUCUCACGACUCUCAUGACACCGAUGCGGAAUGGCGCUUCGUCGACUCCAGUGGCGAAGAGCAAGGUUCCUAUAAUGCUGACGACGAAGGAUCUGAGCCCGACGCGGACGGCAACAUCGACACAGACGUCGAGGGUGCGCAUCUCAGCCCCCACUCCGGUGACGAGGGGAAUGCCGAUACUGAAGGAGAUGCGCGCUCUGAUGCGGACGUUGAUCCCAACCCGACCUUAGACUCGCGUGCUGGCGACGACGCGUCGAAUACGUCGAAUGCGACUCUGGCUAUCCUCUCUCCCAACGCUGACAACACCUCUUCCACCAACCUGACCACCCCUGUGAACACAUUCGACGCCAGUUCAGACUCUGACAACUCGUUCACGACUUCGGAAUGGGACGCUGCUUCAGAUUCCGAGCGGUACGAUUCGAGGGACGACAGUCUGUACGACCCCAACGACGAUAACGGAGACGACACUGGUCAAACACAUUCUGCAUAUCACUCUUCAUCUGAUGCUGUAGAAGGAGGUCUUGCGAGCAUCGAUGACGAAGAAGAAGGAACGGAUUCUGACGAAGGAGGCGCCGGAGACCGUGAAGGGGACGGAUCCGGCACUGUGCCAGAGUCGGAUUCCGCUUCGCAUGCGAGCGGGCUGAGUGAAGGGGAGGUGCCUGGGGAGCCCUACGCUGAGAACGAGAAUGAAGGCGAAGACGUUCCUGUCUUCAGUGAUAACGACGCGAUCAGCGCCAACGAUGAAGCACGCCCUACAGUGGCGCCGGCGUUCCCUACACCACCGCACGACCACACCCUCAGACACGAUCUCAACCGGAACUUCCCGCCUCGCAUUCGGCGCAUCAUGGCGAACGCGCGGGAGGGGCGCUCUGGAUCACAGGCAGAGGAGGACACGGAAGGGCAGGGUAUACCUCCAGAAAUGUCGUAA